GGAAAAACCAGAGAGAGAGAGAGAGAGAGGAGGAAAAACAAAAACAAAUCAAAACCCUAACACAUCCCAGCGGCCUCCUCCGCCAUGCCAUCGCCGCCGCCGCCGCCGCAGCCGUCGCCGCCGGAGCUGCCGAUCUCGGAGCACGAGGACGAGAUCAUGGCUGCGGUGGAGGCGAACCCAGUGGUGGUGGUGAUCGGUGAGACCGGCUCGGGGAAGAGCACCCAGCUCUCCCAGAUACUCCACCGCCGCGGCUACACCCGCCGUGGUGCCAUAGCCGUCACCCAGCCCCGUCGCGUCGCCGCCGUCUCGGUUUCCAGGAGAGUAGCACAGGAGCUCAGUGUUCCCCUUGGUGAUGAAGUUGGUUAUGCCAUCCGAUUUGAAGAUAGAACUUCAGAGAAAACCUGCAUAAAGUACCUGACAGAUGGUGUUCUUCUGCGCGAAAGCCUUUCAGACCCUGAGUUGAAGCAGUAUUCAGUAAUUAUUCUGGAUGAAGCUCACGAGCGCAGUUUAAACACUGAUAUUCUUCUAGGUUUAAUGAAACGAUUAAUUAAGGAUCGAGCUUCAGAUUUGAAAGUUCUGAUCACUUCUGCUACUCUUGAUGGUUUGAAAGUGUCAAAGUUCUUCUCUGGAUGUCCUGUGUUGAAUAUCCCUGGAACCUUAUUCCCUGUGGAGAAGUUUUACAGCACAGAACAUCCAACGAAUUAUAUAGAAUCUUCUCUGAGAACCGCUAUAGAUAUUCAUGUUAAGGAAUCCCCUGGUGAUGUCUUAAUAUUCAUGACAGGAAAGGAUGACAUUGAUAAGAUGGUAUCAAAAUUGGAGGAAAGAAUUCAAAAUCUAGAGGAAGGUUCUUGUAUGGAUGCUCUUGUCCUUCCACUUCACGGUUCUUUGCCACCUGAACAACAGGUCCGGGUAUUUGCUCCAGCACCUCCAAAUUGUCGACGCUUCAUUGUUGCAACAAAUGUAGCUGAAACAUCUCUUACUGUGGAUGGUGUUGUGUUUGUGAUUGAUUGUGGUUAUGUAAAGCAACGCCAGUAUAACCCAUCGUCUGGAAUGUAUUCACUUGACGUAGUUCAGAUUAGCAGAGUGCAGGCUGACCAGCGAGCUGGGCGAGCUGGAAGAACUCGGCCUGGGAAGUGCUAUAGGUUAUACCCAAUUUCCAUUUAUCAAAAGGAGUUUCUCGAGGCUACAAUCCCAGAAAUCCAGCGUUCUUCUCUUGCCGGAAGUGUUUUGUAUCUAAAAUCGUUAGAUCUACCUGAUAUCAACAUACUGAAGUUUGAUUUCCUUGACCCACCAUCUCGUGAAUCAUUAGAAGAUGCUUUGAGGCAAUUAUACCUCAUCGAUGCAAUUGAUGAAAAUGGGCAAAUAACAGAUGUAGGACGAAUUAUGGCAGAGCUCCCUCUUGAGCCUUCUCUUUCAAGGACUUUGAUUGAAGCAAACGAAUUGGGAUGUCUAUCUCAGGCAUUGACUGUUGCUGCAGUUCUGUCAGCUGAAAUCACAUUCCGGUCAACUAGAAGCAAAGACAUGGAGGGAAAGAGGAAAAGGCAAGAGCUUCCUGAUGGUUCUGGUUGGGGCGACCAUAUACAGUUGCUUCAGAUAUUUGAAAGUUGGGAUCGAACAGGCUAUGAUCCAAGAUGGUGCUCAGAUCAUGAGUUGCAGGUGAGAGGCAUGAAAUUCAGCAAAGAUGUGAGAAACCAAUUAAGUCAGAUUAUUCAAAAAAUUGCAAAAGGUUCAACAGAUGUGCAAGCAAAGAAAGAGCGGAAGAGUGACCCUGAUUAUAGAAAAUUAAGGAGAGCUCUAUGUGUUGGAUAUGGUAACCAGCUCGCUGAGAGGAUGCUGCAUCACAAUGGUUAUCAUACGGUUGGAUACAGGGCACAACUAGUGCAGGUGCAUCCAUUUUCCGUACUGGAAGGUGAUGAAUACGGGAAACUGCCGGUAUAUGUUGUCUACCAUGAGUUAAUAAAUACUACUCGUCCUUUCAUGAGAAAUGUUAGUGCCGUGGAUCAGUCUUGGGUUAAACCUAUAUUGAAGAAGCUUGAAAGAUUGGACAUGAACAAAUUAAGUGGUGGUUCCAGCGGAUCGAAAGAUCCAGAACCUCUAGAGGAUAAACAAGUAAGCUCCCCAAAGAAAGCAAUGGAUGUUAAACAAUCUGACGUGGACAGUAAAAUACAGGCAGCUCGCGAGCGCUACCUGGCUCGAAAAGGCAAGAAAUGACAGUAUGUGCUUAACCAAGCUAUUCUUUGGAGGGUAGGUCCCAUACGUAAUGAGAGGAACAGGGAGUGAUAACAUGACAAUCUUCAGUAUCAUAUUUCCCUACCUCUUAUUACUUACCAUAGCAGAAGUACUGUAGGUACAAGCAGAGACAUUUAUGUGAGUCUAAAUUUCAUCAUAUCCAUCCAUUUGUCAAGCUUGAGAACUUUGUAACCGUUUAAAGGCCUGUUUGGCUGGUGUCUUGGUGCCAUAUGCCUGAGGAUUUUGCAUGCCAGAGAGCCACCCGAGAUGAUGAAUUUUGCCUAGUCAGGCAGCAUGUC